AUAAACCACAAUAAUUAUCACUUUAACAUCACAUUAUUGCACAUAAUAGUUUUAUACUUUUAUAUGUAAAACAAACAUGACUGAUAUUCAAGAAAUAAAAAAGUUUGGUAUAGAAAUUUUAAAGAAAAGGAAAUCAAACGAGGAUGAUGAAUCCAAAAUUAUGUUUUUUGGUUUGGCUGGUAGUCACUCCUUCAAUUUAAAUGUCGAAACUAGCGAUAACGAUUAUUUUGGAGUUUAUGCUACAGAUAUCGAUGAGGUUUUAUCAAACGAUAUAAAUAACUCGAUUAUAGAUGGCCACACUCCAGAGGAUUAUGUAAUAUUCGAAGUUUCAUACUUUUUAGAAUUACUUAAUAAAGGAAACCCAAAAUUAAUUGAGCCUGUAUUUUCAAAUAGAUUUUGUUAUAAAUCUCCACAAUGGGAGUCAUUAAUGAAAUUUAAAAAGAGUUUUAUCACUAAAUCGGUAAUCUUUCAUUAUAUUAGCUAUAGUAAAAGCCAGAUGGGUGACGCUACAAAAAUAAUUUUCAACAAUAGUCAAACCGAACAAACCGAAGACCAGAAAACUUUGCUCUUAAAUAUGAUUAAUAGUAAUCACAAUUACCACAAAAAGCUUUAUCACACCUAUCGUUUACUCUUGGAAACUAAAAGAAUGUUGACUAAUAAAGAACCAGUUGUAUUUUUAGAGGGUGAGGAGCGUGAAAAAAUUAUGAAUAUUCGUAUGGGUAAAGAGGACAUAUCAACAGUAUUAAAAGAAAUAUCACAGCUAUUCAAAGAGUGUAAAGAAUUAGAAGAAAAUUUAAAGGAUGACCAAUUACCAGAAAGUUUAGAUAUUAAAAUCUUAAACGAAUGGUUAAUUCAAGUUAGAAAACAAAGUUAUAUUAAAAAAGAAGCUGAAUUUCCAACUGUAAAAUAUACUGAUGCCGAUUUUGAAAUUAAUGAUAUUAAAAACUAUAAUCUUUUAAAGGUUUAUAAUCACUUUCAAUCAUUAUUAGAAAAACAUAAUCUUCAAGGAUCUAAAAUUCUAAUGAUCAAUAAAUCUGGUUCAACAUCUCACAAUCUAGUUGCUCAGGAUGAAAUUGAUAACUUAGAUAAAUCUGAAGAUUGGAUUGGUGUUUAUGUGGCUCCAACUGAAAAGUUAUUUUCAUUAUAUCCACCACCAAGACGUAUUGAUUCAAACACACCAAUUUCUACUGUUUCAAAGAUUGAGGAACCAGAGGAUUCAUCAAACCAAAGGGAUACUUAUUAUUCAGGCCACCAAUUGUUCGAGUUAGGUUAUUUCAUUAAUCUUUUAUCUUCUGGUAAUCACCGUGCUAUCGAGUGCAUUUAUGGGGCUGAACUUGGUGAUACAUUAGAAACCAAAAUAUGGAAAGAGAUUAAAGGAUUGGACAUCAAUUAUUUAACAGUUAAUUUAAUGCAUCAUUGUUGGGGUAUUUCUAAGGGUUUAAUCGAGAAGAUUCAAAAGAACCAAGACCAUUUCCCACUAUCAGAGAAGCGUAAAUUACUUUAUCAUGCCCAAAGACUAAUCAACAGAGCUGAGGAGAUUUUAAAUAAAUCACAAUAUACUGUAUACUUGGAUGAAGAUGAUAAUAAAGAGGAAAGAGAUCUCUUAUUAACAAUUAAAAAUUCACAAGAUUUCGAUUCCGCUCAAUUAAAUUCAUUAUUAAAUAGCUGUUCAAAUAAAAUUAAAUCUGUUGGUGAGGAAAUUCAAAAACUACAAAAAAUUUCGGCAAAGGAUAAAAAGAAUAACGAAAUCAAUAUUAAAAGCUCCUUAAAACAAAGUUUAAUAAAAGUUAGGAAGUCAAUGAUUAAAAUAGUUAUUUAAUUAAUUAAUCAUAGU